AUGCAGCACCUGAAGGAUGAGGAGGUCGAGAUCUGGGUGAUGAAUCAACUAUCGGAAGUGGACGAGAACAUCGCUGACUGCCUAAACAUGCCGAAAACGUCGGACACAGAUCUGACCCUGGAAGACACGGUGUCAUUCAGUAAAGAAGAACUGUUGCAGGAGAACCACUACCUCC